AUGGCGCCCCCGCGCCAACGAAACACCGCUGCUCAGGACGACUCACGGUCCGAAGCUUCCAGCACGACGACAAAGGAGCUCAAGGCUGCAACAUCGAAAGCAAAGAAAGCCGUUAAUGGUAUCGGAACGACUUCUGUUUCUCGAGAGGUUAAAGCCUCUACCAAUGUUACCAGCGCUCCCGCUACACAAGGAGAGCAGCUGGACAAUCUCCCAAGAAUUCCCUGGCCAGACAUGCCUCUCGAGUUCCUCCACUCCUACCGACACGCCUACAAAUUGCCCUGCCCUAGCGCACACUCCACCGAAUACGCACAUAACCUCCUUUCGCGAGGCAUCGGCUUACGAUCACCAACAGCUAUUGCGGCCCAGCGUGCACAUGACUCGAACCAGAUGAAUGGCUCGUCGAGGAGCCAGCACCAUAACCGCAGCCGCCCCAAUGGUAGCGGCGGGAGCCCUCCUCGCAACCCGCCAAAGAAACCCAGCUCGCUUGAUGGAAAGGGCGCCUUGAACCAUAUCGUCGGACAAGACCGAGUAGGCAAGAACCAGCUCGCCACGGCCGUCCGCAAACACUUCAACAGCGCCGGUCUUGUGGAGCAGGAAGCCAUUGCACGAUUUCUAUACAAAGUCCGCGAAGAGGGCCGAGGGCGGCAUUUCCGACUGAAAUUCCAGCCAUGA